GUCAAUUUAUUAGUGAAUAUGAAGAAUACUCUGAAAUAUGUGAAAAGCCAGCUAAUGAAAAUGAAUCUUGUGCAUACUGCAUGAAGGAUUAUAAAAGGAGAAAUUCAAAAUAUGUAUAUAAACAUAUAGUGAGAAUGUUUUUUGAAAAACAUAACUUAAAUAAUAAUAAAAUAGCCUUAAUAGAACAUGAAUGUGGUGAACCUCAGAAUUAUAUGACUUAUGAAAUUUUUUUUAAAAAAGUAUUAUCUUUUAGUAAUUGUUUGAAUAAAUAUGAGGAAUUUAAUAUUCCAGAAAAAACAUAUAAUGAAGAAAUGAAUAAUGGAAAAUUUAAGUUAUUAGGUUUAUAUGGUAGUAAUUCUAUAAAUUGGCUAGUUGCUGAUUUGGGAUCUAUGCUUAGUGGUGUUACUACAUUAGUGAUGCAUUCGAAAUUUAGUAUAGAUGUAAUUGUGGAUAUAUUAAAUAAAACAAAGUUAGAAUGUCUAUGUUUGGAUUUAGAUUUGGUUGAGGGUUUAAUGGCACGUAGAAAUGAAUUGCCACACCUGAAAAAUCUUAUAAUUUUAGAUACGGUAGCUAAACAAGGUAUGAUAAAUUCAAAUAAUGAAAAAGAAAAUAAAAAAUCUAAUUUAAAAACUAAUGGACAUUCAAAUAAUAUAAAUAAUAAUGAAGGAAGUGAAUUAGCGAAAACGGUGGGAAAUGUAAAUUUAAGUCCUAUACAAUAUGAUAAAGAAAAAUUAGAAAAGAUUAAUGCUUUAAAAGAAAAAUUACAUAAUUGUGGAAAGAAACUAAUAUUACUUGAUGAUAUGACAAAGACACAAACUACAAAUUUUAAUAUUAUAAAUGAGGAUCCUGAGUUUGUUACGUCUAU